GAGGAAAGAGAAGUGGAAGCGACUGUGUGUUUAAGAGGCACACAACGAUUGGGAGAAUAUGAAAAGAUGCUUGAGGAACUCUCACAAAAGAGGAGUAAUGCACUUGUGCAUAAUGAUACUGAGCAGGCCGAGAGAAUUCUGAUGGCUAUGGCGGACUGUCGUGACACUGUGCUUCGCGCUGUCCAUGUCGAUCUUCUGCUCGGACGUGAUGAGGUUAUCGAAUUUCUCACAAAUUAA